AUGAAAGGCUUCUACUUGGCAAAUAUUAUGUUGUUCUGGUUGAUUAUGGGGCAACUCUGGACUAUUAAAGCGACAAUCUGUGAAUAUUGUGGCAAAGAUUUUAAAUCUUUGGGGAGACACAUUUGGCGAUGCAAAUCUCGCGUUGGUCAUCCGUCUCAUGCUGGAAAUGAAAGGCAAAGUAAUAACGAACGUUCGUCGAAUACAGAAAGGACUGACCACCAAGUCAAUAUCAAUGCUGACGGUGAGCUGGUGGGUGAGUGUGCUAACUUUAGAUGCUAUUGUGGCCGUAUGUUUUUAAGCUAUCGCUCGUUGACUUUGCAUCGUCGAUCAUUCUAUAUAGGGAAUAGUAGCGGCAACCUUUCGGACUUAUUUGUUGAAGUGAACAACCCUAAUUUGAACGUAGCGGGCGAAGUUUUGUCCGAAAUGCCUAGUGCUAUUUUUCCAAGUCAAAAACCAUCGCUGUUAGUGGGAGUUAAACUCCCACGGUCGAAAUCUGAAUGGGACAGGGCAAACGAAUAUUUUCGUAUGCAGAUAGACACUUCUAGGGAACUAAGAAAUUUGAAUAUGGAAAUCGAUCAUUUGAAUGGAACUAUGUGGGCGUAUUUUAGUGCCAAUUAUGGCCAAGUUAAAGCUAGGAACGAUUUCAAUCACUAUAAUAAUAUGUCAAAAUCAAAGCUAAAGAAAUGCCUCAGAAACCUUAAACUUCAGAACGGCAAACUGGAAGAAAUAAAAUAUGUCAGUAGACUGUUGCGGAAGAAAUUGCGGUCACAUGUUCAGCGUAAUUAUGAAGAAGAAUUAAGUAAAGAUUUUUGGAAAUUUUGUAAAAAAGAGUUUGAAGAAUCAGAGACACAAGAACCAAAUUUUGACGAAUCGUCCUGCUAUGAUUAUUUUAGAAAUAUUUUCUUCGAAAAGCAUAAAAACCGAACAUUCAACCUUCCCUCUUGGCUUAAACCAUUUCCAGUGCAUCGAGCAAUUUCGACCUGGAAUGUCCAACUUACCAAGAAAUAA